CCAUACCAAGAGGAGAGAGGACAUCACAAACUCCUUACUAUUGCAUACUCCAUCUAUCAUUGUCCUAAAAGGGAUUACACAUCCAUUUCCUUAAAGCAAUGGCAUCAUCUUCUUCCAAAAUCACUCAAAUGAACAUUGGAUACUCUCCAACCACUUUAACAUCAAAUUGUGGGAUUGAACCCUUAACUGGCACUAAUUUCGAGUCAUGGAGAGACAAUGUCAGACUAACCCUUGGAGUCAUGGAUCUUGAUUAUGCCCUAAGACAUGAUCCUCCCGCUGCACUCACCGCUGAAAGUACUCAAGAGCAUAAGCGAGUGCAUGAACAAUGGGAGAGAUCAAAUCGCAUGUCUCUUAUGAUCAUAAAGAAUUCCAUCUCGGUUGCCAUUCGUGGAGCCAUACCGGAUUCAGACAAUGCGAAAACUUAUUUGGACUCCGUAGAGGAGCAAUUCAAGGGCACCUCCAAGGCUCAUGCGAGUACAUUAAUCUUGCAAAUGUUGACAAAGAAAUAUGAUGGUGUGAGUGGUGUGCGUGAGCACAUUAUGAUGAUGAGUGACAUGGCUAGCAAACUUAAGAGCAUGGAUAUGGAGAUUAGUGAGGGCUUCUUAGUCCACUUCAUUAUGACCUC